CUGCACUCCAAGCCCAGCGUUUUUCGCCGCCAGAGAUUAACAUUGAUACUCGCGCAAGGCUAAAAAAAAAUCCACCUUUGAGGUCGGAAAACAGCCUCGUAAAAAUCUAGCCGCUGCGAGCACCGGAAAGCCGCGCACCUACAAGGGCCAUCUCCAGAAGGCUAUUUCAUCGCGCGCUACGGGCUGUGCGUGCAUCUACGGGCCAUCGGAGCCGUCGUGCGUGCGUCUUGAGAUGGACCUGUUACGGAUACCACCGCCUCUCGGACCACCGCUAGCAGUGGCGUGCUAUCACAACCGCGUUGACGAAGUAAAGCGACUACUCGCGUCCGGUGCCGACCCACUGGAAGAAUCAAAAAAUAGUGUUACUGCUGCACAGUAUAGACCCCUGUUUCUAUGCAUCCAUUACGGUUACGCCGCGUGUGUGAAGGUGCUGCUGACCGUCCGGCCCGAACUGGUGGACUCGGGCGCAACAUUAGCCAUGGAAGCGAACAAGAUCCCGCCCCUCCUGUAUUUGCUGCAACAAAUGGGCAAUGAACGGGACUAUAUUCGUCACCCGCUCGAAUGGCCCGGUUCCGACCCCUUGGGGUGUGUCCGGUUGCUUUUGGAUGCUGGAGCGUCGUUACAGCCCGUGGUGCAGGGUGGCUGGGGGUGUACUUAUACCCACCUCAUAGGCCAGUAUGCCCUAUGGUCGAGGGAGAAGUGGAGAAAGGCGCUCGUGCGCAUGAUCGGUGGCGCCGCACGCCUGCGUUACUCGACAAAGACGCACCGCGAUUUCCCUCGGCCUGCUCGCUAUGCCGCCGCCGAGCUUCUCCGAUUGGGCUACCAGAUCGAGUCCGGCGUCUUGACUCCCGUCUGGGCGGAGCACGUGCUUCCCUUCCUCGUCACGAGGACGAGUCGCGGCGCGGUGCCCUCCCCGCCGCCUGCUUUGCUGUUUAUCGACGCGCUCUCCGAGUCCGAGCUCAAGAAGAUGGUUGCUUGUGGCGACGCCGCGAAGCUCGAGCUCCGGCGGAGGGGGAUCGGGAAGUACCCACCGCUGGUCUGAUCUGCUACACUCGAUACGGGGUCUAAGCCAUGUUGUAAACACCCAGUGAAUUUAGACAAAAAC